ACACUUGGUCUCACUUUUGACACUUUAAUCCACAGAUCAGUCCAUAAACUGAGAGACACUUUACGGACAACUCUUUCAUACCAUAAGUCCAUCGCUUUGGUCACAUCGUGUGUCACAAGAUAUCACACAAACGGAUACAAUCAUCAAAUCUGUGAAAUGCCGACAAAACUGUCGAAACCGUUAUCACCGGGAGAUGUGAUCACUCAAGACAUACCUAUCAUUCAUAUACUAUUUGACAAAUGCAAAGACAAAUAUUGCGACAAUUGUUUCAAACGCUCGGAUCAGUUGAAGAGAUGCGCGAAAUGUCUUCGUAUGUAUUAUUGCGGUAAAGAGUGUCAGAAGAAUGACUGGAAGUAUCACAAGAAUGAGUGCCCACUCUAUCGUAUGGACGAGGCUUUCCUAAUGACAGAAAGAAACCGGUUUUGGUUCCGACUCUACCUUUCGGUGCAAUUGAUUCCAACUUUUGCCACAAAAAAGUACCGAUUGUUUGACGGAUCAGAAGUGAGUCUCAGAGACAUCAAAGUGAGACACAGAGAGGUGAAUGUCGACGGUUUGUUUGAUUACAUUGGAUUCGUUAGCCAAGGGUUAAGACGAUUACAUUUACGUAACGACCGGCAGGAGGUUCGCCAUUGGUUUGCAUUCGUAUAUACUAUUCCUCUAAUUGCCAUCAAAUCUUGUGAUGUCCCACAUGUCGGCGACGGCGCUAUCGGUCGCGGGCUAUACAUGCAGUACACACUCCUCGGCCAUAGCUGUCAACCCAAUAGCGCCUUUGUAUUCAACGAUCAAACAAAGUCAAUGGAAUUGCGAGCAAUGCGUCCAAUCGGCGCCGGAGAAGAGAUUACCAUUAGUUAUAUACAGAUCUAUAAAACUCGCGCCCGAAGACAGCGAGAGCUCCAAUGGUUGACAAUAGUGUGUGAGUGCGACAAAUGUGUCCACCAUUUGGACCGUCGGGUCGAUUAUAGGGCAUCAAAAGUGAAGAGCUUUUGGCCAUCGCGUGAGUUCUCAUCCGCUGAAGAAGUAAUGCAUUGUCUGCGGGAACUGAUGGACGAAUUGGAUGUGAUUUUCGGUGAUUAUCAUCCGCAGAAGACAUGUCUUAUUCUAGGAAUUGUUAAGAAAUUAUUGCAUUGUCCCGAAAGAGUGGUUCCCGAAACGCUUUUCGAUGAAAUGAAAGCCAAUCUAAUGAAAGCAAUUGAUGUGACAUUUCUGGCCGACUGUCCACUGAGAGGUCAGUCGCCGAAGACGUUAACCGUCGAUGAAUUGACAGCAAUUGAGAAACGUUUGAUAGAAAUGUCACCAAAACUAUCGAAACCGUUAUCACCGGGAGAUGUGAUAACCGAAGACAUGCCUAUCAUUCAUAUAUUGUAUGAUAAAAACAAAGACAAGUAUUGCGAUAAUUGUCUCAAACGAUCGGAUCAGUUGAAGAGGUGCUCGAAAUGUCUUCGUAUGUAUUACUGCAGUAAAGAGUGUCAGAAGAAUGACUGGAAGUAUCACAAGAAUGAGUGUCCACUGCUUAACCACGAAUCGCUCCAAUAUUUUCUAUCCGAUGAUUGGAUGCGCUUUUGGUUCCGACUCUACCUUUCGGUGCAAAACAUCCCAACGUUUGCCACAGAAAAGCACCGAUUGUUUGACGGAUCGGAUGUCAGUCUCAGAGAUAUCAAAGUGAAUGCCAUUAACGACGACAAGAAAUGCCGUCUUUUGGAUAUGAUUUGCGAUGAUUUGAGUGAAUUAAACAUUGGUUGCGAUCGACAAGAAUUAGAGCAUUGGAUGGCACUUCUGUCUACCAUUCCUCUCAUUGCUAUCAAAUCCGGUGAUCUGUAUAUACGACAAGAGGUGGACCCAAUCGGUGCCGGUUUGUACGCCCAGUACUUACUGCUCGGCCACAGCUGUCAACCCAACAGCGCUUACCUUCUCGUCGGUAAAGAUCUAUCGAUACAAUUGCGAGCAAUGAGACCGAUAGCUGUUGGCGAAGAGAUUACCAUAAGUUUCGUGAAUUUGUGUAAAAGCCGUGACGACAGACAGAAAGCGCUUAAAGUCUUCUCAAUAGACUGCGAGUGCGACAAAUGUGUCCACCAUUUGGACCGAGAUUUAGAUUACAUGAACUCAAAAUUGAUUGAAUUCCUUCCUCUCGACGAUUUCACUUCCGGCACACAAUUAAUGCAUUAUUUAAGGCAAGCGUUGAGUGAAUUGCAUGUCAUUUAUGGUGAAUAUCAUCCGCAGAAGACAUUUUAUAUGAUAUCAAUACUUAUGAAAGUAAUCAAUUGUUCACUCAUUCCCGACACGCUUUGCGAUGAACUAAAGGCUGAUCUAAUGAAAGCAAUUGAUGUGACAUAUCUGGCCGACUGCCCAUUAAGUGGUCAGUCGUGGCAAACAUUGACUUUGGAUCAAUUGGAGCGAAAAAUGUCACCAAAACUGUCGAAACCGUUAUCACCGGGAGAUGUGAUAUCCGAAGACUUGCCACUCAUUCAUGUAUUGGAUGUGGAAUUCAAAGGCAAAUAUUGUGACAAUUGUUUCAAACGCUCGGAUCAAUUAAAAAGAUGUACGAAAUGUCUUCACAUGUAUUAUUGCGAUAAAGAGUGUCAGAAGAAUGACUGGAAGUAUCACAAGAAUGAGUGUCCAUUCUAUGGACAGGAAGUAAUACAAGUGUUGAUAGAAGACUAUUGGAUGCGGUUUUGGUUCCGACUCUACAUAUCAGUCAAAAAGAUCCCAACGUUUGCCACAAAAAAGCACCGAUUGUUUGACGGAUCGGAAGUCAGUCUCAGAGAUAUCAAAGUGAAUACCAAUCGUAUGACCAAAGAUGGGAUCAAUUAUUAUUUGUCCGCAAUGUGUCUCGUCUUAAGACAAGUGGGCAUAGAUUUCACUCGAGAAGAAGUGAACCAUUGGUUAGCCGUCGUGUUUACUGUCAUUAAGGAUGACAUUAAAGCAUACGAUCCGCAGACGGGAACCGUUGCCCUCAUUGGUCGCGGGCUUUACGUCCAGCACUUGCUUCUGAAGCACAGCUGCCGUCCCAACAGCUCUGCCAUCAUUAAUCUCAACGGACUGUCGAUACAAUUGCGGGCAAUGACUGCGAUCGCCGCCGACGAAGAGAUUACCGUUAGUUUAGUUGAUCUGGACCUAAACCGCGACGACAGACACUCAGCGCUCAAACAGUGUUCAAUAGUGUGUGAGUGCGACAAAUGUGUCCACCAUUUGGACCGUCGGGUCGAUUACCAACGCAUGCGGACGACAGACCUCUUCCCACUCCGUGUCUUCACUUCCGGCCAACAAUUGACUGAUUAUUUGCGCGAAUUGUUGGACGAAUUGGAUCUCGUUUUCGGCCAAUACUAUCCGAAGAAGACUAUUAUAUUGUCCACAUUUGUCACUCAAUUAUACAAUUGUCCCGUAAUUCCCAAAUGUGUUCUCAAGGAACUGAUGGUCAGUUUGUCGAAAGCUAUUGCUGUGACACAACUGGAAGACUGCCCUCUCAUCGAUCAGUCGCUAAAGAGUUUGCUUUCGGACCAAUUGUCUGAACAGCGAAUCGAUGAG